CUUAAGGAAAAUUUUCCGAUUCUUUUAAAAUGUUCUUUUAAAAGAAUAAGCCUAAUGUAUUACAAUGGGUACGGUGCAUGCAUCAAGAAAAAAAUUAGAAGAACCAAGUGUAAUAAGUAAUGAAGAUUGUAUACCGUGCGAAGCAGAAGACAAAGCACCAGGAAAUCCUGGUAGUUUCGAAGAUAUACAUAAAAAGGUUAAAGAUCUAUAUCCGCAAAACUUUGAAGGUGCGCGGCUCAUCAUCAACAAAAUUCUUAGUCAACAUUUUAAUGUGACACAUACUAUUACUCUCAGUUCCGUUACCCCGUCUGGAUAUAAAUUCGGUGCAAAAUAUAUUGGUACAAAAGUGGUUAAUCCUAAUGAAAGAUAUCCUGUAGCUUCGGGAGAUAUCGCACCAAAUGGAAAUUUGACCGCCUCUUUUAUGCAUACGAUUGGAUGUAGACUUAGGUACAAAUUAUCGGCACAAAUUGCCGAUGGAAAAUGCAAAGCAUCGAGUUCCAGUCUGGAAUAUCGGUCGAAUGAUUUCACUGUAGCGAUAACCCUAGCCAAUCCAAAAUUUACAAAGAAGCAAGGAACAGUGGUAAUACACUUUUUACAAUCGAUCACAUCGAGAAUUGCGUUAGGAGCCGAGAUUGCAUGCCUUCGUGGCUCAAAAGUUCCAGGCGGUCAACAGACGGUCAUGUGCAUGGCUUUUAGACACAGUACAGGACUUACAACAUUAUCUGGGACUAUAGGUGAAGCGGGUCUUCAUCUUUGUUAUCAUCGCAAAGCUAGCUCGCAAUUGGAAAUUGGGGUCGAGUUAGAAACAAAUACGAGGACACAUCAGUCAAUUGCUACUAUAGUUUAUCAAGUAAAUGUACCAUAUGCGGAUCUUCUUUUCCGAGGUAUCGUGAAUUCUGAAACUACAGUCGGUGGUGUAUUUGAGAAGAAACUAUACCCAAUUCCAGAAUCCUCACUGAUUAUUAGCGCACUUUUAAACCAUAGAAAACAACAAUUUCGUGUGGGAGUUGGUCUUAAUAUUGGACAAUAAUGAAGAAUGUAUGAUAUAAUUUG